AUGCAUUUCGCUGUUACAUUCCUCUUCGCGGUCACGCUCCCAGCGGUCUCCGUCUUUGCUCAAGGGCAUCACAGUGGAGGCGGAGCCGCAGCCGCAGGAGGAUUCGGUGGCCGUGGUGGCGGUGGUAACGGUGCUGGUGCAGGUGGAAACUCCCCCAGCACCUUCAUCACCAGUGUGACUUCGGCGGCGCCAGCAGCCACCGCCUCUUCAGCUGCCACCUCUUCUGGGGGCGUCGCUUCCAUAGACGGCUCCUCAUGUCCAGCUUUUGGCAUCACUGCGGGCGUGAAAGCGACUGAUGGAACCGCGAAUUGCGUUGGCGACAAUGGCGUUGAUAUUCCAUGCGACUGCCCGCCAAACUUGAACACCUUCACCAGUUUCCUUGGAACCGUGGUUGCGAGCGGCGAUCAAUUCCCAAGCGGCACGUCCGCGGCAGAUCAACUCACGCGGUUGCAGACAUGUCUCGUGGCACUGCAGAACUUCCAGGGAGGGCUUGGAAGUGGCGUUGGAUGCCCCAUAGUCAGCACGAAUUGGAAGGAGCUUCAGACUCAGCUGCAGUCCGAGGCCCGAACAAAGCAGGAUGGAAGCAUCAGCAAGCGAUGA